GUGCGCAAGGUUACUGAGAGGCUGAGCCUCGGAACCGAGUACAAGUUCUCCUAUCCAGACAAGGAGUCAGGCCUUUCCAUGGCCUACGAGUACCUUUUCAGGAAUGCACGCAUCCAGGGCCUGGUGGACACAGACGGCAAACUGAGCUGCAGCGUGUCGGACAUCAGCGGCUUUGGCUUCAGCGGCAUGAUUGACUACGGCCGUGGUGACUACAAGUUCGGCAUGCUCAUGCACGUGCUGCCUGAGCCAGCUGGUGGCCAGCCACCCCAAUGA